AUGCCUCAAUUUCGAAAUCUAUUGAAUCGGAAGAACCAGGCCAAUGGUGGGGAUGCCGAUGGGUUCGAUGAGAAUCAUCUGUCGCCCACGCCCGCCCUAUCGAGAUUCGUCGCAGUUGCGAUGGUGAACCGAACGAUCGUCAAUGACAGCGGUGUCUACCUUCCGCCCUCGCCGCCCGAGAAGCAGAGUUUCUGGCACCGGUACCCAGGGUCUACACGCUCAUCGAACCAUCGUGACCUUGUCGACGAAAACGAGCCCUUCUCUAUAUCGCGUGAAUCGUUCGACUCUUAUCGCCGCUCAUUUGAUAUUUGCGCCCUUUCACCCGUCGCAUACGCCGACGCCGUCCCUUCCCGAACAUCUCUCGACUCCCGCUUCUCCCGCUCGCCCGGCAUGUCUUCAGGUCGGUUUGAGAAGCCCGACCCUAUGGAGGAGGAGAAAUUCGAAGAAGUCGGGCUCAACGACGAGGCGAAACCCAAGAAGAAGGGCAUCUUCGCACGAUUUGGUGAUAACAGCGAUACAUCGCAAUCCGGUACUAAGUCUACCUCCUUUGGAUUCCACAUUCCCGGCAGGAAGCGUGGGCAGAGCGGCGGGGCUUCAGAGUUAUGCGCCAUGAAGGGUCCAACGCCUACAGUGGCCGAGAGAGGGAAUGAGCUUUCAUGA